AUGGCAACCAUCACAACUCGUACAAUCUGGGGCUCGAGAAGUAAGUUGUUCACUGCUUUGGCAGGUGCUACUACAGUUGGUUUUGGUACUGCCGGCGCUCUCUAUUUGUGGGAAAACAACACCAAAGGUAAAUUAAACAAGAAUUCCCCUAACCCAAGGAAUAGCUUAAAAUUCUUUGCAGCUGCCUCUCCUGCUCAAUUGGCUAGCGUCUACAAUGACAAAACUGAGAAGGAUUUUCAGGAAGUUUACAAUGCAAUCGCUCAGAAGGUACAGGAUGAGGAUGACGCUGACGAUGGAGCUGGAAGGUAUGGUUUGUUGUGCCGUUUGGCGUGGCACAGCUCCGGCACUUACGAUAAGAAUAAAAAAACGGGUGGCUCGUACAAUGGCUCCAUGAUAUAUGCUCCAGAAUCGUUGGAUCCCGAAAAUGCUGGUUUAGACGCGGGAAGAGACUUCCUUAAUGAAUUUCACUACGAGUUUCCAUGGAUUAGUAGAGGUGAUUUAUGGACAUUAGGUGGUGUGGUAGCUAUUCAAGAGGCUGGUGGCCCUAAGAUCAAGUGGAGACCAGGAAGAGUCGAUUGCUCUAAAGCAGAAAAGGAGAAAAUCCCAGAGAAUGGUAAUUUGCCUGACGCUUCACAGGAACUGGGUGCCUAUGUUCGUAAGAUCUUCGGCAGGUUGGGUUUCGACGACAGAGAGACCGUCGCAUUGAUAGGUGCUCACGCUUUGGGUAAGUGCCACACUUACAGAUCGGGCUAUGACGGUCCAUGGGGCCCAUCGCCUAAUAUGUUCACCAACGACUUUUUUGUGAGAUUGUUGCAAAAAUGGCACAUUCGUCAGUGGGAUGGUAAGAGGCAAUACCAGGAUGAUGAAACGAAUUCUUUCAUGAUGUUACCUACAGACAUGGUUUUGAAGGAGGACAACAAGUUCCUCAAGUAUGUUAAGCUCUAUGCUGCUGACCAGGACUUGUUCUUUGCGGAUUUCUCAAAGGCCUUUACUAAGUUGCUCGAGAAUGGUAUUGAAUUUGCCAAAGACACUCCUUACUACGAGUUCAAAACUUUGGAAGAGCAGGAGUAA